CACACACACCACAAGACAGACCAUGGCGACCCGAGAACAUCCGAAACUUCUUGACUCCCACCUUAGUGCAGAACAGAGUCCUGAUGCUGCUGACACCAUUUGCUUCAUCGAUGGUAAAGUAGAUUUUCACGACCCUUGCGCUGUUCGAGAAUUUACAACAUCACUACUCAAAAGAGACUUCGGUAUUAUUGUUGAGCUGCCUGAAAAUCGGCUGUGUCCACCCCCAUCCAGAUACCUUUAUGUCCAAUGGAUCCAGGACCUUGUUGACUCUACGAACCCUUCUUAUUUCGACGAGUUCACCCGUGGUGAACUCGGCACGAAGCGCCAUGUCUCAGGGCUAGAUAUUGGUACGGGUGCGUCGUGCAUCUAUACCCUCCUCGCUUUGUGCAAGCGCCCGGAGUGGUUCAUGUCAGCCACAGACAUAGAUGCAUUCAGCUUGUCAUACGCAACAAAGAACAUCGAAGCCAACGGGUUCACUGCUAACUGUAAUCUGCUGCAAACAUCACCAUCCGAUCCUUUGGUUCCGCUUGAAGCCCUCAACUUGGAGCGAUUGGAUUUUACUAUAUGCAACCCCCCAUUCUUUGCCUCGGUGAAAGAAUGGAAAGCAUCCAUCUCCGGUGAAGGUAAAGAAAAGCCACCAAACUCGGUAUGCACGGGGGAAGAAAUGGAAAUGGUCACCGAUGGAGGUGAUAUCGGGUUUGUGCUCAGAAUUCUCGAAGAAAGCCUUAUCCUGAAAGACAGAGUUCAGUGGUAUACAUCGAUGCUGGGCAAGCUUGCAAGUGCCACAAAGUUGAUUGAGAGGUUGAAAAAGCUUGGUUGUAAGAACUGGGCUGUUUGCUGCUUAGGAGCACAACAUAAGACGAGACGUUGGGCUGUUGGGUGGAGUUGGUCCGACAUAAGACCACAAACUGAAGUCGCUCGAAGAGACAUGAACACUAAGGAUAUUCUACCUUUCCCUUCCAAUUUCACUGUUCCAAUACCAGAAAUAACAGUCAAAUCAGCCAUCGACACCAUCAAUAACACAUUGAUAGGAUUGGAUCUGGAAUGGAAAUGGAACGAGGAGCUUCAACUAGGAGUUGGCCGCGCUCGGAAGAAUGUUUGGUCACGAUCUGCCCGAAGGAAAAGGAAGCGGGAAGAAACCGAAGAGCAGCUCGAGCAUGUGACAGCCAAAAAUGACACCAGGAGUAAUGAUGUGGCACUUGGUUUUAUGGUCAGUAUCAAGACUGAUGCAGUUAUGAUAAGAUGGGUCCAAGGGCUAGACCAGGUAAUUUUUGAGAGCUUUUGCGGCAUGCUGAUACAGGCUCUGAAAAGACUGGCUAAGACGUAGAAGAGAGGAACAAGCGCAAACGAGGACCCGAGGGCUCGAAUUGUUUAUUAAACCAUAGGACUGAACAAGGACCUGCUAUUUCGUAGGCGAACGUGGUGGAUUAAAGCAAGUCGCUAUUUACCCUGCUUGUCCCCAACUUUAAGCAGCCACUUCAUACCUUCCAUGGUAUCAAUUUUCCACUUCUUACUUGCCUCGAGUUGUGGGAAAAAGCUCCAGAAGCUGUGUGGCAAGCCCGGAUAUACUUGCAGCUUCGUAGGAGUCUUACAUUCAGUUCUCAACUCUUUCUCUAACAU